ACUACCUACCCUAUCUUGAUUUUAAGAUCGGACUAUGAUAAUUUUAAGAGGGUAACUCGGUCACAAACACCCCAAUGACCAAACAAUGAGGAUCCGCAGCUGGGUGUGGAACACGAGCCGCAGUGUUAGAAACUACUCCAAGAAAAUCAUCCACCGAAAUGUCGAGGCUGAGCUCAACAAUUCCCCUGACGUGUUGGCCCAGGAAAACACGUACUCAGAUGAUAGUCGGGAGCUAGAUGAUGUUUUUCUCAAGUUGGCCCGCAUGCGUAUCCAGCCCCAGGUAGAUACCGCUACAAAAAAGGUGCACACUUUGCUCGGUGACUUGCCCCUGUCGCCGCUCAUGAACCCAGAGUAUCUGGCUGCCAGGAGAAAAUAUGCCGAGCCCAAGGCCAAAGUCGAUUACUCAAAGCACGGAAAACUGGAAAAGCAACUCGCCAGGAACCCGUAUGCUCGGGCCUUGGCCGGCUCUAUGCGUGAAGACGCCAUCACCAAAACAGUACUUCCGCGCUUCUUCCUCCAAGACUUCGCCUACGUCCCGCACCCUGAGACCGAGGCACCGUGGAUGGUGCCGGUGUCUCUGAUGUCUGAGAGUGACAAAGAGACUGAGGCCCAGGAGAUAGCGCACGGCCACGGCAGUCCUGCUGUAAAGUCAGCUUCACUCACCGAAGGUUCAUCAUGGCUGAAUGGUAUUGAUACUGAUCAGCCUGAUGAUGCCUUCACCUCUUCCCCGUCUCAGCAUCAUGAUCACGGUAGCGGGCACAAUUUGUCAGCCGUCAGAAAAGGCAGACCCCGAGGACUGCCCCGCCCAGCCUCACAAACCUCGUAUACGCUCUGCCGGCGUGAAGUCCUGAAACAAUUGCUCACGAACAUCCCUCGCGGCAGAUCUAAAAGCCGAGUUGUGGUAAGGAUGGCUGCCAGGGCUCAAGCCGAAAACCCAAACACGGUUGUAUACCGUGCCGACAUGGACACUUACGUGCUGGAACUGAUGCGUGAGCGAACAAUGGAGCAGCUGAUGCACUAUGCCCACAUCUGCGACGCUCCGGUCAAGCCCAAAAGGUACAUUGUGCGGUGCGAAGGACACUGGGACCAGGUCCAGACGCAGGCGCAGAUGCAGACCCACCGCGGAUGUGUACUCUGGAUGGGCGAUUGUGACGACAAAGAGGUCAAGAGACCUGGGGAGUUUGAAACAGUGACGCUCCAAGGCGUCAAGCUCCAUGGGGUCUUACCUGUGCAUGACCUGACCGUCCUGCUGGGGCCGGAGAACGUCAAGAGGCUGCGUGUAGGUUCCAUCAUGUUCAGCGAGGGAUCCACGUUCUUGCUCGGGGGACAACCUUCAACCCGAUUGCAAAUGAAGCUGUGGAAACUACAGGGUUACCUGGCUUCAUACCGGGAAAAUCCUUAAGAAUGGGGGGGCAUUGUUUCCUGAUGACGGGGACUACAAACCAUGGUGAGAUUUUGGUGUCGAUUCUGUAAAAACAGAGAGAGAAAUAUAUGUCCUUGACGAUUUGAAAGAACCAUAAACAAGCAUGCA